GAGAGUGCGACUGCACUUCGCGAAACGCACGUGGCGUCGGACGCAUCGUGUCGUCGCUGAUAAUAAUAAUACGAACCGAUGUAUAUUUAGUGCGUGCAGUGCGUGUGUGGGGGACGGACUUGUCGAUGGCGGACGAGGGUGGCGAAACGUCGGACGAGAGUUUGGACGCGACAAGCGAGAAAUUCGAUCCGUUGAAGGCGUUGUAUUCGCCCAAAGUGCGAUUGACGUCCUCCGUGCCGAUCUAUGACAACAUUUCGAAAUUCGAGUCCGUUCUGAAGGGCGUCGACGUAUCGAAAAGCGAUAAAUCGGCCGUGCCGGGAUCCUCGAGGCAGAGAUUUUUAUCGCAUCAAGAACCAGCGCCUAGAAGGAGACCUGGAAACAAGAAUGUACUCGCGAGAAUGCAAAGGAGUCUUGGCCCAUUAGGAAUGCUUCACGGGUGCAUGGAGAGUAAAAUUCGCGUUAGGGUCUACACCAGGAACGCGCACGGCAUAAGGGGACACGUGGAGGCAUACGUGGCCGCCUUCGACAAGUACUGGAACCUCGCGCUCGAGGACUGCUUCGAGGUCUGGUCCCGCAAAGUCAAGAGGAAAGCGCCCGCUCUCGGUGCUGAUGCAGUCAAGGUGGAGCCGACAGAAAAUGAUGUCCCUAGGGCGGUAGUGAAGAAGAUUGAGGGAAAGACGGAGACCUUGGAGAGACACGUGCCGCAGAUGCUACUGAGGGGCGAACAAGUCGCCAUAAUCGUCAAAAUCAAUUAACUAUGCGCUAUCGUCUUGAAGUUCGCCCACAAGCCACGUGUAUCCAAUUACACGAUACAAUUUUUCUACGCUACGCGUUAUAUAUUCGUUCUUCGAUGACGUAUCAUGACGAAAUUUCACACGCAAUUUAUUGUACGAUAAAUAUAUCACAAUGUCUGUAUAAAUAAAAUGUUUGUAUUUGCACGACUCCCCCCUCAAUAGGUCUGUACAAUAAAUAUUUUAAACGAGAGGACAGUAAAAUGCGAAGUACCUCGCAAAUGCGUAAUGAA